AUGUGCCAAACACCUCAACGAUCCACAGCCCUAGCUAGUGUGUGUUAACUGUUAACUGGCCGGCCACCUCCAGAUUCCAGCAACAGACACCCCCUAGCUACGUCGUCUUUGGUUUGGUCUCGAAGCUCUCCCUCUUCAUAUUAAUCUCCCCCCGAUACCAGCAGCUAGUAGCACUAGAGUAGAUACUACCAUUGCCUUCUCUGCUCGAUCUAUAUUCCUGCAAGUAGCUCCUACUGCUAGUCAAGAUGCUGCACGAGGCGGCGCCAUGCACGUGCGGGCUGCUCUACGGCAGCUGCGGCGGCGGCUGCUCCAUGCUGUUCGCCGCGGCGCCGGGGGACCACCACUACUACAGCAAGCAAUGCGGCGACGACGGCUCCUACGGCGGCUCCGUCGACUGCACGCUCUCGCUCGGCACGCCCUCCACCAGGCGCGCCGAGGCCGGGGUCCGCGCGCCGGCGGCCGGGCUGCCGUGGGAGGCGAUGCCCAGCUGCAACGGCAGGCAGGAUAUCGGCCCGGCGCGCGCGGAUCAGAGCAAUGCCGGCGCCGCGUCCGCUCGCCGGUGCGCCAACUGCGACACCACCUCCACCCCGCUCUGGAGGAACGGGCCACGUGGACCAAAGUCAUUGUGCAAUGCGUGCGGAAUCCGGUACAAGAAGGAGGAGAGGCGCGCGGCGGCCGCCGCGGUGGCGCCGACGGCGCUGGCAUCGGACAGCGGGAUCGAGUACGCGUACGGGUACGCGCGGCACCACCAGCAGCAGCAGCAGCAGCAGCAGUGGGGGUGCUACGGCCCGGCCGUGGCGAAGGCGGCGUCCUACGGGAUGUUCGGCGACGCGGCGGCGGAGGACGGGCCGUGCCUGCCAUGGGGGCUCGGCGUCAUGCCCUCGUCGCCGGCGUUCGGGUCCGUCCGGGAGAUGACAAGCCUGUUCCAGUACUACUAGCCAUAGCCAUAGCUCGCUCGCUCUCUAGGGACUUUCUUUCCUUCCUUCUCCCCUUUUAAGUAACAAAGAAGAUGCUGUGGUACAUCUUUUUGAGGGCACGCAAGAUGCUGUGCUUGACCAACGACCCGGCUGCGGCUGCAUGACAGUUGAAGCUGAAACGAAAUGGAUCACUCCCCCCGAUUUCUUUCCUUUUCC